AUGGAGUCCUUAAGUCGAAUUGGGAGUGGGUUGGGUGUUCCAUUGUCCGCAGAUGCUUGUACCUCCAAUUUUGACAGGAUUUCAUAUGCUCGAGUAUUGGUGAAAAUGGAUGUUACAAAGAAGCUGGUGCGGGAACUUAAAAUUAAGGAUCCAAGUGGGAGAGUGAUGAAACAGGAAGUAACAUAUGAUUGGGUGCUGGAGUAUUGUCACACUUGCUUGAAGGUUGGGCAUAAUUGUCCACUAAAACAACCUAAACAGACUGCCCCACCACCUAAAGGGAGGCAGUUCAAGCACCAAGAGUGGAAGCAUAGGCCUGGGAAAGAGAUGGCUAUUGAUAACCUAACGAAGGAUGCACCAAAGUUGCUAAGUAGCAUAUUGGCACUAGCAAGCAGGCACAUCAGAGGCCUGAAUAAGGCCUACAAGCAAAAUGAAUUGAAGAAUUUUAUUAGAGGUAAUAAAGUUGCUCUUAUUGCAGUAAUUGAGCAUAGAGUUAAACAGCACAAUGCUGAGAGAACUAUUAGGGAAAUCACCCAAAGCUGGGGUUGGUGCCACAAUUAUGAUAGUAGUAAUAAGGAGAGGAUCUGGGUCCUCUGGGAUCCAGGACUUGUUAAUUUUGUUGAAAUUAGUAAGACAGCACAGUUUAUACAUGGUAUAGUUCAAAUAAACACUAUGAGAAUGGAGUUUAGCUUCACAGCUAUCUAUGGUUUACGUACUAUUGCUGACAGGAAGGUUUUAUGGGCUGAUUUGAGGAAUAUUGCAGCUCAACAACAGGGCCCUUGGUUAGCCAUGAGAGAUUAUAAUACUAUCCUGUCUGAGAAAGAUGGAGAGCUUGGGAAUCCUGUUCAGGAGGUGGAAAUUAGAGAUUUUGGAGAUUUUUUGUUGGACACUGGUAUGACAGAGAUGAGGACAGUGGGAAGAAGUUUUACUUGGACCAAUGGGCACACCUUCAGCAGAAUUGAUAGAGCAAUCAUUAAUGCAGAUUGGGCCAUGAGAUACUGUCACCUAGAAGCUACUUUCAUGGAUCAUGGAUUCUCGGAUCAUUCUCCCCUAGCUAUCAAGCUGGAGGAACAAAGAGAUGGGGGGCUCAAGACCAUUCAGAAACAGGUCAGGGGAAGUGCAAUGGAAAGGGUUUGGUGUAAGCUGAAGUUUAUUAAAGGGAAAAUGAAGCAACUGAAUAGAACAGAGUAUGGUGGGGUGGCAGAGAAGAUUCAGAACUUGAGACAACAAAUAUCUGAGCUUUAG